AUGGGCUUUCCAGUGCAUCGCUGUUGCUUACCUCUGGCGGCCUGGGUUGGCUCCGUCGAGUUGCUGGAAGUCUUGACCGAAGGAUCCAGAGAAGCGGCGAAAGGGAUGGCGGUGGACGAUCUCAUGCUCUGGGCAGCGCGUGGCAUCUAUGCCAACCCUUUGCUCAGCCAAUCCCAGGUCCUUUCCUGGCUGACCGAACGACAUGCAGAUCCCAACUACCGAGACUCUUCAGGCAAAUCGGUCUUGGAUUGGGCUUGCUGGGCUGGCUGCGAGGGUCUGGUGACUCAGCUUCUUCGGCGCGGCCGCGUGCGCCCCACCGCGCUGACGGGGGAAUCUGGGCUCACACAGUUUGUGCAGCCCUUGCUGCUGGCAGCAGCGAGUCGCUCCACCAAGCUCGUGAGGCUGUUGCUCCGCGCUGCAGGUGAUCCGCAUGCAACCCCAACAGGUGAUGGUAGUGGCCAUGCUUGUGGCCCUCUGCUGCUGGCAGUGAGAUGCUGCGAAUAUGAGCUCGCUUGCGAGGUCCUGAAGAGCGCUGCCUGCAUCAACGUGGAGAUGGCCCUGGGAGCUGCAGGUCCUGGCAAGCGCGAUCGCGCUGCAAAUGUGCCAUGCACGCCAGAGGAUGAGAAGCCGGCAGGCCACGCGACUCGCGCCACCUUCGUGCUCGUGGAGUCGCUGCGGCGCUUCGCCAGCGGCCUGCAGCGACGGAAUGCCGAGGAGGUUGCUCUAGCUGGCCUACGAGCACACGUGCCGGGACCACAUCCUGACGAAUGCCUUUACUCCACCUGCAGCAUGCCAGUGGGUGAUGUCCUUCACCCGCUUGCGGCACAGCUCCCGACACCCAUGCACCGUGUUCCCUUGGAGCUCCGGCCGGGGAUGCUGCCCUUGCCCUGGCUGAGGAGGGCGAGUGGAGAUGAUCCAUGGGCUCCGGCACGGCUGCUGGUGGAGUGCUUGUUGCAGCGUGGCUUCCGCCCAGACGAAGCUUUUCUGUCCAAAGUGACACCGGCUUUGCCACCGGACGUGCAGGUGUUGACAAGGCGAUUAGCUUCCGAAGAAGACAGCCUUCAGCCCCUACCUACGCUUUUGGCAGACAUCCUGCCAGAAAGCAGGAGGCUGGACCGUGCGGAGAAGAACAACGGACACCCUGCGACGUACUUUGCUUCUGCCCACUGGCAAGAUGCAAUCGCAGGCCGCAACGGAAAGAAGCAAGACGUUGCCCCCUUUGAAGUCAAGGAGGAGCACAGCUUCCGGCCAUGGCCCUUCUUCGGACACGAGGCCCACGAACAGGUGGCCAUGGCAAAUGCCACAGACUACAUGAAGGCGGGUGCUUGGAGCCCGACCGCCAUCCGUGCGGGCUUGCAGCGGCAGCCCGAAGAGGUGUCGCAAUUGCCAGCGAUUCGUGUAGUGGUCUUGGGAGCUCCGCGGGUGGGAAAGAGCAGCGUGUCACGGGUCUUGGCGGAUUACCUGGGCGUCCUCUACGAGGAGGAUGCCGGCGCGUGGCUGCGGGUGGUCCGUGGCCAUUGGCCCAACUCUGGUGCACAGCCUGUCGUGCAGGUCUACAUUUGGGACACCAUGUCCACGCUGGGCCCAAAUUUGCCACACCUGGUCACGGAUCCAGAUGCGUCGACGUUCGUGGUGGCCGUUGUGGACCAUUUGGACAGCGAGGCGGCAGCGAUGGCCCGCAAGUGCAUCUCUGCAGAUGCACAGUUCUCCGCACCGAGGCGUGCGCUGAUCGUGGAGAACACCACCGAAGGGAAUGGGCCGGUGGGGCCGGCGGGAAAGGAAGGCAAUCUGCAGACGAUGCGCUGCAAUGUCGUUGAAGAGGAGGGCCAGAACAGCUUGAAGAGAGCGUUUGGGAAGAUGGUCGCAGACAUGGUUGGGCAAAUUGAGGCCCGCGCCGAGGCUUCCGAAGCUGGGGAAGUGGGAAACCUGGCGCCGUGUGGUCAGGGAGACCUUCGAAGCGUCCUGGCGAGGGACACCGCCCUAGUCUGCGGUGGGUCAGGAAAAAGCCUGGGCCGGCGGGCCUUGGCGUACAGGCUGCAGGGUGAUUCAACCUAUGUUGAUCCAACAGCCGCCUCCAUUGCAUGGGCCGCGGUCUGUGCAGCGCGGAGCACGCUUCCGCAGGAGGUGAACUGGUUGACGGGGUCUGCUCCGAGCUCAAGCAGCACAGCGCCCUGGCAGGCGGCUUUGGUUUCUUGGGAACGAUUGGAGACGAUCCUGACUUUAGGACACGGCAGCCGCCAGUCGUCUGCUACCCUCGGCAGAGCCUUGAUUGACCUCGGCCUCAUUUGUCCGGUGCCGGGGCUGGACAAGACUUGGCGAGAUUGCGACAAAAUGGUUCUGAAUUCGGUCCUGGUUCCUGACUUUGCUCCCCGGCUAAAGCCCGGUCGAUCUGUGGCAGAGCUCCUGCGACCAGCUCAUGAGAGAGGCAAAGCACAGCAAGCCUACGUGCGGGUUCUGUGGACGGAUGUGAAGCAUGGCGUUCCAAAGCAGUCGCCACCUUCACUUCGAACCGCGCUGCGGGACCUCCUGGCAAACGGUGCUUUGGGCUAUGAUGCCAAGAGUGCUUCUCAUGUGAAGAGUUUGGCGCUGCACUACUUCGCCUUGCUGGACUGCGAGAGCGACGCCGGUGCCCGUGCUGAUGCGUCGGAUCUGGAGCCUGGCUUCAUCCUGGCCUUUGACUUUGAGACCAAUGAGGCCAAGCCCAUGCAGGACUCGCAGGACACCCCGGAUACAGAGCCGGACUGCUGUGGGCUCUUGGACCUCAUUGCAGCGCAUCCCGGACAGGGUCUCACCUUUGUGCUGGUGCGCACCUCCAGUGACCCGACGCAGCGAUUCUGGGAUAUCCUGUGUAGUGGCCCGCACGCCUACUGGGCCUGGCACGCACUCUUGCAGGCGGGUCACGGCCAGAAGCCCACCUUCACAGGUUUCACGAAGCUAGGGGGCAAGGCAGCGGCUGGGGAAGUGCCGGUGCCUAGCUGCCUUCUCUCUGCUUCCGCCUCGUCUGUUCGUUCGGAUCUUGACCUUAGCGAUGUGAGCCCGGACGAUUUGGCGGCAGUGGCGUGGUUGCUGUGUGGUCCGCAGGCGAAGGAGGCAAGGGAUCGGCUUACCACGGCCAUGGAAGCCCAAUCAAGUUGGUCAAGCUGCUGCUCGGCUUUGUGCCGCGGGGGAGGACGGGUGCCGUCCUUCAACUUCACCGGCACUUUGGCAUGCUGCGCUGAAUUUGAGGCCUGCCUUCUUGCAAGAAAUUGGCAUGAGAUGCCGUACCUCUUAAACGAGGCCCUAGCCUCGGGAGUGGAGGCUUGGGCCCUGUGCGUUACGGCUCUUGCACGACUUGCACGAGACACUGCUGCAGCGGCACUGCCCCUGCUGAAUUCCAGUGAAGAAGUUGGGCCCCACGUCACCCUCCUCCCGGAGGGUCCACAGCUGCUCCGCAACGAGGAUCUUUCCUCACCGCUCCUCACAGGCACGGACGUCACCUCGGCCGUCCAGGUUUGGCUUGCUGUCUGCAGGCCGUGUGCUCUGUGGAUAAUGGCAGGAGCUGCCAAAAAGUAUUGCCCACCUGUGCAUCCAAGCGUCCUCGGCCAUGUACCUGGUGACAUAUGCUCGCAGGUUGUCAAGGCUUUGAGAGUGGCGGUGGGCACCUUCGUGUCAGAUGUGGUGGUGUCAGAUGUGUGGGAUGCCCUCAAGCAGAAGAGCUCUUCUGGACGCUUACUGCUUCCGAGACCAGGGGGCGGCUGGCUCUGGAUUGAACCGGAGAAGACGAAUUGGUUCUCAGUUGAAGCUGAGUUGUAG